AUGUCCAAAACCAUCCAUAUCGAGUCAACCUCGCAAUUUUCUGCUCUCCUGUCCUCCUCAGCCAUCGUUGUCGCCGACUUCUAUGCCGACUGGUGCGGGCCAUGUCGUCAGAUUGCUCCCAUCUACGAACAGUUGUCUGCCCAACUGUCGCGGCCGAACAAGAUCACAUUUGCAAAGAUCAACACGGAUCAACAGGUGGAUCUCGCCAGAUCUUACGGAGUCAAGGCCAUGCCGACCUUCAUGAUCUUCAAGAAUGCGCGACGGAUUGACUUCAUCGAAGGCGCAGACCCGAGGAGGCUGUCCAAUGCGGUGAAGCAGCUCGCGAACGAGGCGAACAAGCUGGAAACAGACGAGGCCGGCGAAAGCUCGAGCGAUGGAACCUGGCUCGGAGCCGCGCUUCCACGAGGCUACAGCGAUGUGACUUCUCAAGUCGACGUCUUGGGCAUGGAGUUGCUGAAUUGGGACUCGGACUAUGGAAAUGCCAGAACCUUGAUCAGUGGUGGCAAACCGAAGGGUCAAGCGGAUGCCAAAUCAGAUUGGGUCCAGAGUGACACCGACGAGCAACUCAUGUUCUACAUUCCUUUCCAGUGCACCUUGAAGAUUCAUUCGGUACACAUUACGUCUCUGCCGGACAACAGCGACGAUGACGAAUCUCCGAGCAGACCAAAAUUGAUCAAGCUCUACACCAACAGACCUCGAAUUCUUGGAUUCGACGAGGCAGAAGAUACACAAGCGACCCAAGAGGUCACUGUGUCAGACAAGGAUUGGGAUCCGAAAACUGGCACUGCUAAGAUUGACCUGCGCUUGGUCAAGUUCCAGAACGUGUCUAGCUUGGUAUUGUUCGUUGUUGAGAGCGAAGGGGACAACGAGAAGGUCAGACUGGACCGAGUUAGAAUCAUUGGAGAGACAGGCGAGAAGAGAGACGGCAAGAUUGAAAAGGUCGCCUCCGAUGAGUGA